AUGCAUACCCAGUGCCAGUGGUCAGCCAUGUCCUCGCCACCCUGGCUGGGUCAAAAAAUCUUUGGCAAACUGGACUUGGCCCAAGCGUAUCAACAGUUGCCUGUGGACGAAGCCACAGCAGAGGCUCAGACGAUUGUGACGCACAGAGGGGCAUUCAGAGUAAAGCGGCUGCAAUUUGGCGUUAGCGUGGCACCAGGCAUAUUCCAGAAUCUAAUGGACUCUCUCCUUAAAGGGAUUCCUGGCGUCACCCCCUUCUUCGAUGAUGUACUGAUCGCCGGGCCCACACCAGAGGAAUUUGAGGACCGCCUCCGCUCCGUCCUGCACCGUUUCCUGACGGCGGGCCUCAAGGUGAAGCGGGAAAAGUGUUUACUGGGAGUGCCGCAGGUGGACUUUCUGGGAUUUAAGGUGGACGCAGAAGGGGUCCAUCCAACCGGUGACAAGGUACGGGCCAUUUGUGAGGCCCCAGUGCCCAAGAGCAAGCCCGAACUUCAGUCAUUCUUGGGACUAUUGAACUUUUACCAGGCCUUCCUUCCCCAUAAGGCAGCGGUAGCGGAGCCCCUACACAGACUCCUAGAUAAAAGGGCCCCUUGGGUGUGGGGCCAGCGACAAAGGGCCGCAUUCCAGGCAGUCAAGGACUUGCUCGUCUCGAACUCGGUCUUGGCACACUUCGACGAGAGGCUGCCAGUGGUGCUGGCAUGCGACGCCUCUCCCUAUGGCAUCGGCGCUGUCCUGGGACACCAACUCCCGGAUGGAAGAGAGGUGCCGGUGGCAUACUUCUCCCAGACGCUUGCUGCAGCCGAACGAAACUACUCACAGAUUGACAAGGAGGGUCUGGCAAUCGUGAAGGGCGUAAAAAAAUUCCAUGAUUUCUUGUACGGGCGGCCCUUUACCAUAGUGACUGACCACAAGCCGUUGCUUGGCCUGUUUGCCCCCGAGAAGCAGACCCCCCAAGUGUUGUCUCCACGUGUCCUCAGGUGGUCAAUUUUCCUUGCCGGCUACCAGUAUGCACUAAUCCACCGCCCUGGGAAGGCGAUGGGCCACGCAGACGCCCUCAGCAGGCUACCACUACCAGAAACAGGCCCUGACCCAGCGCCUGCGCAAGAGGUUAUGACCCUGGAGCUGCUUCCCGACCGACCCAUUCAGGCACAAGAAGUUGCGCACCAUUCCACAAAAGAUAGGGUCAUCUCCCGGGUCCUGGACUGGGUGUGGCGAGGAUGGCCCAGCAGCAGCCCCGGGCCAGAAUUCGCUGGCUACACAAACCGCAAACAUGAACUGUCGGCCCACAAGGGGUGCCUGUUAUGGGGAAGCAGGGUUGUUGUUCCCCAGCCCCUCCGCAAAAGGGUCCUCACAGCCCUACACGAGACACACCCAGGGGUAGUGAGGAUGAAGGCCCUUGCCAGGAGUUAUGUGUGGUGGCCGGGGAUUGACAGAGAGAUAGAGGCCUGGGUCCAACACUGCCAGACCUGCCAAGAAUCCCGCCCGGAUCCCCCAAGGGCCCCAGUCCAGCCCUGGGAGUCCGCCCGACAUCCAUGGUCACGCUUGCACGUGGACUUCGCUGGCCCCUUCCAGGGAAAAACAUUCUUCAUAGUGGUGGAUUCCUACACCAAAUGGCUGGAGGUCGCACUGGUACCGUCCACUUCUACGGCGGCAGCUAUCCGGGUACUACGUAAGCUGUUUGCAACCCACGGGCUCCCUGACACCCUCGUCUCGGACAAUGGAACCGCAUUCACGUCAGAGGAGUUCCAGACCUUCACAGUGCAGAACGCCAUCCGCCACAUCCACUCAGCACCAUUCCACCCUGCCACCAAUGGCCAAGCGGAGCGCAUGGUGCGGACCACCAAGGACAGCCUCCGCCGCAUGACACAAGGGGACUGGGAAUACCGCCUUGCCACAUUUCUUCUAGCACAGCACAGCACCCCAAGCACAACGACGGGCCGGAGCCCCGCUGAACUACUAAUGGGCCGGCGCCUUGCAACUAGACUGGACCGACUUCACCCCGACAGAGCUCAGGAUGAGGUAGUGGUGGGGAAAGGCAGGAACCCCCGGACAUUUGUGGCCCAGGACCCAGUGUAUGCAAAGAAUUUUGGGGCAGGCCCAGCAUGGGUACCCGCCACAGUCACCAAGGUGACCGGUCCCGUGUCGUACGAGGUACUAACGGAAGGGGGGCAAUGUUGGCGCCGCCACUGCGACCAGCUAUGGCGACGAUUCCCAGGAGGAACCUGGGAGGAGAGCGGGACAGAGGGGUCCCAAGGGGACAGCAGGGCAGUGAGGCCUGUAGAGCGAGAGGGGUGGGCAGGGGAAGCAGAAGCAGUAGGCACAGAGGGGCGCCCCGAGGCUGGAAGGACACCGGAACCAGAGCUACAACCUAGUGGUUCAGUGGCGCCAGACCAGACAGCCCCGGCACAGCCAGCAGCCUCGGAACACGAGCCAGAACCAGAACCCCUGACCAAGGAACACCCCAGGCCACAACGCACACGGAGGCGGCCAGCAGACCUUGGGGACUACGAAUGCAACUUCCCGGGCAGGACUGGAACUUAGAGGGGAGGGGUGUUAUGUACUGAGCUGAAUCCUAGAACAAUAGGAUUCAGAAUCAGCGGGAGCUACCCAAUCCAACUCCAGGUGGAAGUGAAUCCGCAACCUGAUUGGCCUGCUGGAGCAGCCAAUCAGGCGGCUGGCAGAAGUGAAUCUGCUACCUGAUUGGCCUGUAGGAGCAGCCAAUCAGGCUGCAGGCAGAAGUCAAUCCACAAUAUAAUUGGCCCACAGGUGUAGCCCUGAAGUAGCCAAUCACGCAAGGCCCAUUGUGUAAAUAAUGUAUAUAAGCAGAUGGUUUUGGGAAAAGAGCCAUUCGUCUUCUCUUCUCCUCCUUGAUGACUAUGAGCUGAAUAAAGAGCAUGAAAUUCACUCUCGACUCCGAGUAUAUUUCAUCAGCAUAUGGUGCAAGACUGAGGCAGAAUAGCCUAUCCUUUCUAAAUUGGUUUAAAAUUCAAACAUAAAAAUAUUUCAACGGCCUUCCUGGUGUGUAUUGCUCAAUUCCCAAACACACAGUGAAAGUUACAUAAUCUUUUUGCCAGCUUUUAUUUUGGCACACUAGCAGGGGGAAAAUCCCAGCUGAAUCUGCCAGGCCACCACUGUUGAACAAGUGACUACUGACAGCAUAUUUUUAGAUGAGCUAUGGUUCUCUGUGUGGGUUUUUUUUUUUCAAAGAUCCUGGUUAUUUGAAAUGAUUUAAGCUGUGGAAUAUGGUGCUAUCCUACCAGUAUUUAUACUUGGUUCAUAUAUGCCUGAGCUACCAGAUUUACUACUUGCAAAGCAUAUCCAAGUGUAUUUUUGGUUUAACACAUGGGUAGAUGUUCUGCAACAAGACUGUCUGGCCACGCAGCAAGAGCUAGUAUGCAAGCUAUAUGAGCUAUGUAAUGAAAACCAUUGGGUUGGAUGCCGUCCAUGAGCCUAGUCCAGUUCUCUAGUGCAUAAUGAGACCAAGAUGCAGGUCCAGUCAUAAAUUUGUCUGCUUCUUAACAGUGAAAAAUAUUGUUUUUAUAAAGUUUUUAUGCCUGAAUGUGCAGUUGCGUGAAUCUUUCGCUUUGGCUGCUUCUUUAAUGAAAAGCAGCAUUGGAUGUUAAAACCAAGACCAGGAAGGGAGGGGAGGUUGCUCAACCCCUUUUCACUUGUUUAUUCAAAAUCUCUCCCCCACAGCUCUUUUUCUUUCCACGUAGGAAAAGAUAUGAGAACCCUGUGUCUUUUCCCUUGUGGCUGGUAAAGCAGCAUGAAGAAGUGACUUUGAAUGAACUGGCAAAAGCCCUUAAAGAGGGCAUAGAACAGGCAAAUGAGAGGUAUUGCCCAGGUGGUGAGUGUUGCCAAAAUGAGAACCUCAAGGACCAGAUAGAGGGGCCUGGAGGGCUGCCUUGCGCCCCUGUCCCUGAAACUAUUGUGAUGUUUAGCAGCAAUAUUCCUAAUACAGUGGUACCUCACGCUACAAACGCUUCAGGUUACAAACGCUUCAGGUUACAAACUCCGCUAACCCAGAGAUAGUACCUUGGGUUAAGAACUUUGCUUCAGGAUGAGAACAGAAAUCAUGCUCCGGCGGCACAGCAGCAGCAGGAGGCCCCAUUAGCAAAAGUGGUGCUUCAGGUUAAGAACAGUUUCAGGUUAAGAAUGGACCUCCGGAACGAAUUAAGUUCUUAACCAGAGGUACCACUGUAAAUUAAUCACAUAAGUUUGUUGAAGAGCCCAGUUCAAAGUGCUAGUUGUCAAGUUUAAAACCCUAAACAGCUUAGGGUUAUCUGAAGGCCCACUUGCCACCCUGUUAUUCUGCCCAACCAUUGAAGGUAUCACUUGGAUUUAUGUGCCAGCAUUGUCUGAGGUUAGGCUAGGUGUUCAGGACAAGGCCUUCUCAGCAGUGGCACCUCUGUCCACUCUUUAGACCUCCUUCCCUCAGGUGAUGCAUUUGGCUCCCUCCCUUUUAUCCUUUCAAUUGAUGAUAACCUUUUUAUGAUGACUGAGGCUUUCUCUUGUUUUCUCCCACAUGUUUGCUAUGUUUAAUCUGUGAAUAAGGUUAUUGCUGGGCUGUUGUUGGUUUUAGAUUUGUUUGGUUUUGAUGUUAAUAGUGCUAUAUUUUGUUAUGCACUUUUAACUCUUUGUCUGCUUGCUAUGAGAAAAGUGCAAAUAAAUAUUUGUACUUUUGGCUGAAAAGUACAAAUAAAUAUUAACAUAACAUAUGAAAUUUCCUAUUACAUUUCAGAUACAUGUCGCUUGUAAGAGUUCAUCACGUCCAGUGCAAUCUAGAGCCAGUAAUUUGUUAGUUUGACACAUUUCAGUUGUGCAGUGCAGUAAUCAGUUUAAGCUUUGCCUUGCCAAAUAUAGCUCACUGAGUAUUUUCAGAUUAUGACUUUACCCAGGGUGUUACUACAGGAAAAGACUCUCCUGCUAUAAAGCUAUAAAGGUCUCCCUUGACUAAGUGAGCAUCCUGUGAAAGAUGUCACAAUGUGCAUGGUUUCAAUGUAUUAUGUUAAUAUACCACUCAUCCAUAGGAAUGGCAAAGUUGUUGCCAGAAGGUGAAAAAAUAUGAUAAAGGGAAUUUGCAAAGGCAGCCACUGUGAAAUAUGGGUAUAUAGCUGAAAUAAAUUAAUCAAGAAAGAGCUAUUGGUAUUUAGGUGUUGCGUCGAUGAAGCUUCAGUCCUAUAUACUUUUACCUACAGUAACUCCAGCUGAACACAUUGGGGCUUACCUUCACAUCAGCAAAUGCUUCAUAUAUGAAGAAACUACGGUACUAACCUUGUUUUCUGAAGGCAGUACCCCCUUUGAUUUUUCGCCUCCUUAAGGCCUUACUCUGCCUUUAAAAAAACACAACAGCCAGCAACCCUUCUGCUCUGGGCAAAUGUACAAAACCAACAUUUUGAGCAGUUUAUUUUGCUUGUAGACUCACUACUGAGCACUAUAAAGAGCCAUGAAUAUUUAAACACUGGCUGCCUAGUCAUCUUCUGUUUGCAUUCCACUGAACAUUCUACUGAUGUAGCACGCCAACAGGGAUGUUUGCAGGAGCAUAAAAGAGAAUGCAAAAAAUAUAUAUUAAAGCAAUGUGUUUGUUCUAAGAGUAUUCACAUCCACAGAAGAAAAAAGAAUAGCCUUUCUUUCAGCCUGCGUGUGUUUUCAGCAACCAGGUUGGCAGUCAAUGCCAUGUCCAAGUUCCAAGUGAAUUUUGAGCAAUUGCAUUUUCUCUCGGUUUCAGGUCACUGAAGAUUUUUUCUCAGCUCCAAAACCCAUGCAAGGCAAAUGAACCUGAGUCUCUGCCAGCUUUAUUUUGGAGCAUAAGUAACCUGGACAUUUCGCCAGCUGUUGCUUAUGAUUUCAUGGGAAUGUUUUAUAUAGUGCAGGUGAUGUGUACAGAUACACAAUAGCUGUUCCUUCUAUGAAAUAUGCAGCAUUAGAUAUCAGAAUAUUGAUUUCAGCCAGACAUUUAGGGUAUUUUCACACUUGAGUUUAUUGUGGAAUUGGUGGUGUUCAUGCAUGCAAGAGUAUUGGAGUCUACAUAACAUUGUCAUCAAAAUGCCAGCCUGUGUUUUUUUAAUGAUUGUAAGGGAGAAAGCGCUGAGUGACAUAUUGUUUGCCAGUUAGCUCAUGCUGUCUACCUUUCUGUUUUUUUGCCUUAGCAGCAACUGGCAAAGACUUCUACAUGAAAGAGAACAGGUGAAUGGCUUGGAGAAGUCAAUAGGAAAGUUUCUUAAGGACAUUCUUAAGGAUAUCAGAAGGAUAAGCUGGCAUUAAAAGUGCCACUGGAUUUAAAAUAUUUAUAUCUCACUUUUCUAGUUAUAUUGUUUCAUACAAUGGACAUUUUCUGUGGCUGCUCCCUAGUCCUAGAGUUGCCUCCCAAAGAAGUUAGUCUAGCCCCAUCCUGGAUAGUUUUUAGGUGGGUUGUAAAAACAUGGUUUAUUUUGUCUCAUUUUCAGUGGUUUUAAUUUCUCUGCUUUCUUUGCUUUUACCCUUUUUUUGCUCUUAAUUUUUGCUUAAGUGUUUAUAAUUUAUUAAAUUGAUGAAUGGUUUUAUUGUUUUAGCAUCACAUAUAUUGCUUGGUUGGCCCUUGUUUAAGAAUGAAGAGAGGCUUAGAAAUGCUCUGAGAAAUAUAUAUAUAUUUAAGUGUAGAAAACAUUGCCAACCAGCAAAAUAGCAUCACGUGGCAACCUCAGAAUCAGCAGUGGCAUGUGAGGAGGGUGGAGCGGCAGUGUCACCCUCUCAGAGGCAGUGCUGUGCUCACCAGGAUGAGGAUGGGUGAGAUAGCAUCAAGCUUGGGGUGGUUUCAGGUUGGUGGCAGCUCCAUGGGUGUGGAGGUUCCCCAGAUAAGUAACGUGUUUAAAAAAAAAGCAUAUACUAGGGUAAAAUGUGCAUUAAAAUGCAUACAGUGGUACCUCGACUUACGAACGACUCGACAACUGAAUUUUUCGACUUACGAAUGGGGCUAAUGGCCGCACGCUUACGAAUGUCUCAACAUCUGAAAGGAAACCGCGGCGGUUUUAGAUAGGGAUUUUUUGACUUACGAAUUUUUCCGUUUCCAAUGCAUUCCUAUGGGAAAUCGUGUUUCCAAUGGUGUUUUUCGACUUACGAAUUUUUCGACCUACGAUUAAAUUUGUAAGUCGAGGCACCACUGUACAUUAGUGACAACAACAUACACAAAUGCAUUAUAUUAAGGAACAUUGCUUUGCAAAAGUGUCUGGGUUUUGCAUACUACACAUGUUGCAUAUAUAUGUGUAUUUUAUGAGAUUGGCAUUUUGAAACGUUGCUAAAUUUUCAUGAGGACUUUUUUAAAGCAAUGUGGGAAAGUGGAGAACUGAAGACUGGAAAAACGAAAAACUAAGAGAACCCAAAAUUAUCAAUUUUUCCUAUCCCUACAAGUAUGAAAGAAUAUCUGUAUUUGAACAUAUGAAUGAAUCUGAACCUUACAAAUGAAACUCAAAAUGUAGUCGAGCAGUUGAAUAAAGAAUUAGGGAAUGAAGAUGAAAAGCCUUCAGGACAACCAUUUUUUAAAGGCACCAGCAAUGGGUGAAUGGGUGUUUUGAGGUUAUUCAGUCAAAAGCUGUCUUUCAUAAAAAAGCACUCUGUACCUAUUACUUACCCAUGGCAUUAGCUGAUCAAAGAAGCUGUUCAAAGCCAAUGUAAACGUUCUGAUUCCGUAUAGAAAGCACUUGUUAUCAGGGAUGUGUUGGGAUUGGAGUUCAUAGCACAGAGGAUUAUUUAUCCAGUAUGACGAUAAUUUUUCGUUGGCCCACACUGGAUUUUCCAAAGCUGAGAAAUGAAGGUCAGGAAGUAACUCUAUCUGGAGUUAUUUAUAAACCAGGUGCUUGCCACUUAGAAUACUGACAUUUGACAUGGGGAGUUGUGGGGGCGGCACACCAGUGGUGUGUAUUGAUUACCAGCAGUUUAACAAGCGCUUCCUUUCAGGACCUCACCAAAGGGCUACAAUGUGAGAAAGGGUGAAUUGGGCUGCUGAUACUCAGUGGCAACACUGAUAAAUGUAACUCACUGAAAAAUGCAAUCUUGACAGACAUGAUCUGCCUAGACUAAAGGCAUCUUUCAUUCACGUCCAAAUAAUCAAAUAGUAACAUUUAUUUUGCUUUCCUUAAACUGGAUUGAUGUCUUGCCCUCAGCUUAAUUAUUUCCUUGGGGCUUUGUGUUUAUGUGAAGUUGUUUGUUGUUUUAAGUUCUAGGCAGAUCAGAACUGUUUAAAUGUGGUCCUAGUCAAAGAUUUUGUGUUGAGGAUCUUGGAAAGAGCACUGUGUACAUACCUAGCAGGCCAGCUCAAGCAACCGUCUCAUAAACUUGUGCCAAAGCUCAUCCCAUAUAAUUUGUUGACACUCCAUAGUGAGCAAUGCCUAUUGCUUUAGCACUGAGGUUCUCAGACUUCAUGCUCCUUCAUGCUACCAUUAGGCAGAGUGAGGUGGCCACUUCAGGCAGCUGAUUUGACUGUUGUGCAAGGGCAGCUAAUUGUUACUUACUUCAUAGUUAUAUUUUUACUUCCAGGCAAGGAGAGAGGUACUUGUGGGAUUAUCUAUAUCAGGUGCCCAAAUGAACUUGCUGGCUUGGUUGCUCUAUACCAGGCAUCCCCAAACUGCAGCCCUCCAGAUGUUUUGGCCUACAACUCCCAUGAUCCCUAGCUAACAGCACCAGUGGUCAGGGAUGAUGGGAAUUGUAGUCCAAAACAUCUGGAGGGCCAAAGUUUGGGGGUGCCUGCUCUAUACCUUAAAGUGGGGAGGGGAGGGGGGCCCCCACUUGCUCUUCUGCCUCAGGCAGUGAAAUGUCUUGGGCCAGCCCUGUCUGAGAAGAGACCGUUGUUCCUGUUUAUACUGUACUGUACAGUAUCAGCAAUGCUAAAGAGAGAAUUAAAAUGGAUUUCCCUUUCCAAAGUUUAUUGUAUUUCUUAGCUCACUCUUCGUUGGUAGGAGGUCAGGGUACAACAUAAAAUAAGUUAUAAAAUAAUAAUAAAAAUCAGUAAAACAAAAUGAAAAAUUAUGGAAUACACUGUAAAACAAAGACAACUAAGUACAGCUAGACAGAUAGGGAGGCUAAAAUAAUUUAAGCAGCGCACAACACAUUAUCUGUAUACAUGUAUGUAUGUGUGAGGUUCCAGUUUCUAUCCUCACCCUUCAUUUUUGUGAUGAAUUAAGAUGGCUAUCCUAUCACAAGUAUUUUAUCUGAAAGUAAAGGUAAGUUUUAUUUGUUCUUUUAUGCUUUACCAUAUUGGCUUAUGGCCAAGCCUCAGGCCAUCUUCGUUCUGCUGCUUUUAAAAAAAAACCUUACAAAUGUUGCCUGUCAUGUUAAUACAAUGAGCUGGAGUCAAGCUGCUUUCUAUUUAUAGCUUUCUUGGAACUAAGAAAAUGAGACAAACUGAAAAUAUAUGCUUAAUCACCCCCAGGAAAAGCUACCAUUAUAUUUUUGGUUGCAUAAGCAUACUAGAUUGGAAAAUCUGGGAUCUGUUCAAGACCUUUUGAUCAGAGGAGCUUUGCAAGUGCAGAAAAUUAAAAACACAGACAGAUGGGGAUUAGAGUUGAGAAUAAUUUCCUUUUUUAAUUUUAGUUCCACCAAUGUAUAAAAAGUAUUAACAGCCCAGUUAUGUAACUUGCAUCAAAGCUCAACUAUAUAUGGAACAAUAAUGCUAAAUGUAAUUAAGUCAUUAGACAUUCUGUGUUUGUUUUUAUGGAGAGGAGAUUAUUUUCACACGCAUGAAGAAAAUGCACCAAGCAUCCGGAAAGAUAAACAGAUGGGCCAAAAUCACUCAUCCCAACUUUUUUGGAUGUUGAGAGUUUGGAUACCCAGUGAUUUUUUUUCUGGGGGUACUCAAGGGUACACAGUACCAGUACCUUUUUUCUUUCA